CCACUACUACCACGACCACUAUCAAUGUGCACUGGUUCUACAGCGACAGUUGACCACGAUUACACUCCAGGGGCAGCGGCGGCGACGACAAGUCGACAACGUCAAUAUUAAUGCCACCGCCGCCGCAGAUUACAGAUUACCUACGUUUUUUUUUCUAUCAUUGUUAUCGUCGAUCGCCGUCGCCGUUGUCAGCGAACAGAAACCAACUUUCGGUGAGAGUGUGAGACUACUCUACUGCGUUCGUGCGAGUCUACGUCCAACAUUUUACGACGAUUUUAUUUCUCUCACAGGUGCCUACCGUUUUGUGAGCGUGCCGGGUAACAUUAUCGUUUACACAGUGGGUCGGCUGUGUAGACAGGCGCCAUUGUCGUGUCUCGCACCAUCGACCAAGACGGCCGAUCCGUGGUAGGCGAUCCUCCUCGUCUGGAUUGAGUGAGAGAUUCAUACACGCUGUUGGCAAAGAUAAGAUUAGUUAGGUUUGACGAGAGAGAACGGUCGGCCUCGCACGGCCACCGACCGUCAUGGCUCACCGUCGUCCGGCCGGCGGCACGUCUUCGCCGUCGUCAUCCGUCACUGACAACGAAAAUGCCAUCAGGCUAUUGGAAUCGCUGCAAAACGACUUCAAGAGCUUGUCCAUGGAGACGAAGAAAAAAUAUCCUCAGAUCAAAGAGGCGUCUGAAGAGGCCAUUGUCAAACUGAGAAACUCUGCUGCUGUCGCGACCGAUCACUUACAACAACAACAACAAUCACACCAUCAUCAUCACCAGAUUUAUUAUGUCGUCAAUCAAAUACUAUAUCCUGUUGUGCAGGGCUGUGAGACCAAGGAGCCAAAAAUUGUUAAGAUGUGUCUGGGAACCAUUCAGAAAUUAAUCACACACCGAGCAGUUGACCAAAAAGGUGCUCGUUACAUAACUGAUACCUUGUGGAUGCUAAUGGAGUCGGGGACUGAACACGUAAAAGUAUUACAGAGUGUCACAUUGUUAUUGACCACUGAUUGUGUGGUGCGCGGUGAAACUUUAGCUAGGAAUUUGGUGUUGUGUUUUCGACUACAUUAUACCAAGGACUCGCAAGCUGUCAUCAACACUGCCGGUGCUACUGUACGUCAGCUUGUAGCUCUAGUAUUUGAACGUGUUAUGCAUGAAGAUGAACAGCUUGAGCAGCAACUUAAAGACUGCAAUGAAGACGAUAACGAGUAUAAUGCACAGCAGCAAAAAAAUGGUAUAGAAUCCUCUACUCCUUCACAAGAUCACAGGCAUCAGCAAAGUAAUAGAACUCAACCAUUGCCACAACUGCAUCAUCACCAUCAUCAAUAUAAUGGUAGCAAUGUAAGUGGAAACGAUACUAUUGCUGCAGUGUCUUCAUUGGGUCCAUGUGCAGCAGAUGCAUAUAAUAUGUUCCAGGAUCUCGUGCGAUUGGUGAAUACCGAUCGUCCAAAUUGGCUAGUGGGAAUGAAAGAUAUGACCAAGACAUUUGGUCUGGAAUUACUGGAGUCUGUGCUUUCUGAUUUUCAGCCUGUGUUUUUUAAACACGUGGAAUUUAGGUACCUAUUAAAAGAACGUGUCUGUGCAUUAGUCAUUAAGCUAUUUUCUCCCAAUAUCAAGCAUCAUAGUGGUAAUAAUAGUGCUAGGAGAAACACGAUCACCAAUACCGGAACCAAUGCUACAUCUGUUUCUGGCAAUAAUAACUCUUCAGUAAUGAUGAUGGGUGUUACUGGUGGUGCUGGUAGUCCUACCUCAAACCACCGCGGUGAUGAUAGGCCACAUUAUGCUAUUACAGUACGACUGUUGCGUCUCGUAUCAAUAUUGGUUCGCAAAUACCAUAAGUUAUUGGUUACUGAGUGCGAGAUAUUCUUGUCAUUGAUUGUCAAGUUUUUGGAUGCUGACAAACCUGCAUGGCAACGAUCUGUCGCUUUGGAGGUGUUACAUCGGCUGGUGGUCGAACCUGGACUAUUAGCUGCAUUUUGUGCAUGUUAUGAUCUCAAAUUACACAGUACUAAGAUAUUUCGUGAUAUAAUUGACUCAUUAGCUGGAUACGUGCAAUCAUUAUUUAAUCCUGCCAUGGUGGUGUCAGGUGGCAGUUCUAUGAAUAAUGCUGCUAUGAUGGCAGCAACUGCAAACGCAGCACUCCAAGGACAGUCACCAACUGUAUUGGCUGGCAUGCCGGUUGGGCCCGGUGUGUCACCACAACCAGGGUUUUUUAGUCGUAACGGUGUAUGGCUACCAGUAGUGAUUCAGUUACCAACUGGUCAAGCUAAAUCCAUCUACCUGGAAAUGAAUGAUAAACACGAUGAACCACCACAAGUGGCUGAUGGGUAUGGUGUAUCUGUGGCAUAUGCAUGCCUAGUAGACGCAGUUCGUGCUAUUCAAAUUGAAGUGCGUCCUGACAUACAUCAAUCCGUUGUAUUUUCGCCUUCAACCACUACAGUAUCAUCUAAUGUUGAAGACAAUGGCCGUGGUCACCAACAGCAUACUGACGGUAUUAUCCAAAAUAAUACUCCAGAAGAUAAUAAUGGCAAUGAUGAACAAAAUAAAACUACUGGUGUUAAGAUAUCUCCAUUACAUGAACAGAUUAUAAACAGUAGUUGGUAUGGACUACUAACAACAUUUUGUCCACUAAUUGAGUCAUGUACUGACGAAGGAAUCACGGAAAACAUGCUAAAAGCGAUGCAAGCAUAUAUUGGCCUAUGUGGUCUGUUGGAUAUGCGGGGACCACGUGAUGCCUUUAUUACAGCCGUGUGUCGUGCAUGCUUACCACCGCAUUACAACCUGACAGUAUUUAGUGGAGCUAUUAAUACUUGUUGUGUAGGUCAAUCAUCAUCAUCAACAGUACAAUACUCCACUUCUGCAACAAUGUAUGAUGACCAUCAUCACCAACAAUACAACAAUGCAACUGGAGGUGGGUAUGGCCCAGAAUCAGCUGACUAUAAGCAACAACAGCAAGUCAUAGUAGCUGUGGGAACUCCGUUGGCUACUCCUUCCUCUGUUCUGCAGACUAUGUCAUCAUCUCCAUCGAGUACCUCACUACAGAAUCAUGGGCCUGUCAUGCUUACUGCUAAGAAUCUACAAUGCAUGCGUGCUCUAUUGGUAUUGGCACAUUGCCAUGGUUCCAUCCUAGGAUCAUCUUGGCAUUUGGUGUUAACCACUCUGCAGCAUCUUGUCUGGAUAUUAGGCUUGAAACCAUCAACAGGCGGUAGUCUUAAAGCAGGAAAUAGUGCUGCUACAUCAGUGCCAAGUAGACACUCAAGUGUCACCAAUUCUGCCACUGCUGCAGAUGGUACAGUUGUUGGCUCAUUGUCAUCAUCUACUUCUUCAGUGUCAACAACUUCGUCAUCAAAUGUUGCUGUCAUAACAACGGCUGUUAUGGCAGCUGACCUCCCUGUACUUUCAACCAUGCUCAGUCGGCUCUUUGAGUCCAGUCGUUAUUUGGAUGAUGUCGCUCUCCAUCAUUUAAUUGAUGCUCUGUGCAAGUUGUCACAUGAAGCAAUGGAGUUGGCCUAUUGCAAUCGGGAACCAUCAUUGUUUGCCGUUGCUAAACUUUUGGAAACUGGAUUAGUUAAUCUUUCACGUAUUGACAUACUUUGGAGACCUGUGACUAAUCACUUGUUGGAUGUAUGCCAGCAUCCACACAUUAGAAUGCGUGAAUGGGGUGUUGAAGCUAUAACAUACCUGGUGAAAGCGGCUUUACAAUAUAAAUAUCAGCCUCCACUAAAAGAUAAUCAAAAACUACAAAUAUUGUUACUAAGUCCAUUAUCACAAUUGUCAUUAAAUAUGAAUGGUGAUGUCAGACAACGACAAUUGGAAUGUGUAUUGCAAGUACUGCAUGGAUCAGGGCAGACAUUGUCGCAUGGUUGGCCGUUAGUAUUGAACAUAGUUGGUGCUGUAUCUGACCGUCAUGGAGAGAACCUUAUAAGGAUAGCAUUCCAGUGUUUAGAACUGGUACUCACUGAUUUUUUGCCACUGAUGCCAUGCAAAUGCUUACCUUUGUGUCUGGAAACCACAGCAAAAUUUGGAAUGCAAACACGUGACUUGAACAUAUCGUUGACAGCAUUAGGAUUAAUGUGGAACGUUGCUGAUUAUUUCAAAGAUAAUAAAGACAAACUGCUUUGUAACAACAGUGGAGGAGAUAAUAAUGUGAAACGAGGUGCCAGUGGUGAAGGAUUGACUGAUGGUAACACAUUAGAUGCAACAAUGUCGGGAAUUACGUUGAAUGAUCCUCAAGAACUGGUAUAUCCCGAUUUUCCAGGUGUCACUACGCUAGCCGAAAUGUCCGAAUUUGAUAAAUUAUGGAUGUGCUUGUUUACCAAAUUGGGUGAACUAUGUAUCGAUCCCAGACCCGCCGUUAGAAAGUCAGCUGGACAAACGUUGUUAUCAACGAUUUCGGCACAUGCAAACUUAUUGACUCCGUCGUCAUGGAAUGCUGUUCUGUGGCAGGUACUGUUUCCGCUAAUGAACAAAGUACAAAUGCUCUGCGAGUCAGCCAGUGAUUCUACAUGCAACACGGUUGCGGCUUCCGAUGGUUCAAGUGGCAAUAGUGGUGGAGGGAGUGGUGGAAGUGGAUCGGCUGGUGGUGGUACGAUUCUGAUACACCAUUCCCGGAAUACUGAUCAAAAGCAAUGGGCAGAAACGCAGGUAUCUACGCUGUAUGGUCUAGCCAGGGUGUUUAACGCAGAGAAAUACUCGAUGACGAUGGGUGGAGAUUUUGUCAAGGCAUGGACCUUGCUGUUGGAAUACAUGGAAAAAGCAGCUUUGAAUAAAAAUGUGGAGGUAUCGCUGGCUGGGUUGCGUUCGUUGCACGAACUCUUAAUGGUCUAUAGCAACUCUAGUAACGUUGGUGAUGGUACGAAUAUGACUCCAAACGAUAAAAAUGCAGCGCCUGAGGAUCGGUUGUCUCGAGAAGAAGAUUGGCAAAGUAAAAACGGGAUUGCUGGAUCGGCUGCACCUGCAAUGGCACCGUCUUCAUUGGUUGAAAAUGAAAUUUGGACAUGUACAUGGACUGUGUGGAUGCGAAUCGCAACAGCUGCUACUGAAACGACUGUUGUUGAAAGUCCCACUAACCCGCCGUCGACGACUGCCAGUAGCGGGUCGACAGCGGCCGGAUCAGAAGACCGUCGUCGUCGCGAAUAUCAGCAGCCACAACAACAGUAUCAUCAGUCUCUACAACACAAACAGAAAUUUUUAACGGCCCUGUUGCAAAUAUUUCCGUUAAUAUUUACUCGCAUCAAAACCAGGUUUACCGACCAAGAUCUAAAAGAUCUCUUUCGAGUAUUGGACGCGGCAGCUGCUGUUGACGGAUCAGCGGCGGUGGUUCUGUCUGAUCACCAUCAUCAGUACUAUCACCCCCAACAGCAACAACAGAAUUACUACGGUGGCAGCUAUAGUCAACAACAGUUGACCCGAUUACAGGACGAGAUUUUACAAUGUCUGGAAACAUUAGAACGAGAAACAUUGAUUUUCGACGACGAAGAAUUUAAUGGUGCAGUACCUUCGUCAUCUAUUACCGCUGAUAAUACGCCGGUACGUAAUGACGGUGGUGACCUCGACAAGAAGAACUCAAUGACGUCGAUAGAGCAGCAAAAGCAACGGAGUCAAUUGGUCCAGAGAUUUCUGUGUCCUCUCUUUGAUCAACUGUUAAAAUUCUGUCGUUUCGUGUGCCCUCCGCUACCGCCUUCGGUAUCCAACACCGGUGUCGAACGACAGCAAUUGACAAAUGGUACAGCGGCGGUCGACCACUUUCACCAUCACAAUAAGUUCGCAGCAGCGGUGGCUAUCGAUUCAAAUUACGUAGCGUUUGGUGAAAAAGCAGUGCUCAUGAUUGUUGAUUUAUAUGGAAUGACAGCAGCCGAAACAUGUGUAGUUAAAGGCGAGAUUUUGAGACGAAUCAUUGAGGUGUUUUCUGUACCUCUUGCUGGCCGAUACUCCUCUUAUCCAACACCUACUCCGUCAUUCCAUUACCACAUGGACGUUACUCCCUUAUCGUCAGGAAACACGCAACAACAGCAGCAGCAACACGUUCAACAGCAACAACAACAGCAUCUCAUGUUAGUGCGACGACGUCAGCAACAGCAACAAAAUACCUGGAAACUACUGGUAGUCGGGCUGAUGAAUGUGCUGUCAGUGGGCGUGCCGCUAGCUCGGGAUUCCGCUGGAGACGAUUAUAUUUCUAUCUGGUCACCGCUUGGUUCCGUUCUAGAAGAUAUAUUGUUCCCAAAAAACUUGCCUCCAGCGUCGACGAUGUUGAAAAGCAACAAAAUGGUGGACGACAACGAUGAAAACGAUUCCGUGAUAAUCGACUGUCAGCUGGUGGAGUUCCUGAAAGACGAAAUACUUUCACAAUCGACCAACGUGCCUAGAGAGUUCAUCAUGCGAGUGGUGGUGUUAUUGAACCGAGGCUCGGUGUUGUCCACUACCACCGCGUCGACAUUGCCCAACUAUCCGUACGGCAGUGGUGGAUAUGAUACGAUGAUGAUGGUGGAUUGCCGUGAUGGAGGUGUCUCUGGCGGUGUCGUUACGGGCUCUAGCGUCGGCGGUUUCUCGCCGCCAUCUCUCUUACGAGAACAGUUCGCCAAAGUAUGUUUUGAAACGCUAUUGCAAUUUUCAUUGGUAGAUGGCCUAUCAUCAUCGUCACCUCCGCCAACGGAUACUGCGGCGUCAACCGUGAACAGUGGCGGUAACGAAUCCUACGCGGACGCCGAACUAAUUACUGGCAAACUCGCAGUUACAGCAUUGCUGCACAGAUUCCAGGAGGUUGUUGAGAAGUUCUGUCACGAUCAAAGUUUGACUGGGAAAUGUCCGUUACCUAGGUAUCGCAUGUCAGAAAUAUCAUUUGUCCUGAAAGCGAUUGCUACACUCAUUGUGUCGUUGAAAAAGACUCCCGACAAAGUGAGCAAAGCCGUUUGGGACCAGUUGAUCAGACUGUAUCCAUGCCUCGUGCGGUGCGUACCACACACUCAACAAUGUUGUUCGUCACCUCAGGUCACGGACUCGCUGACCGAAGCUCUACUUCAGUACGGCGACCUGUUGCUCAAGGCGCCGCCCUCGACCGCUGCCGACGCUCAACAAUAAUAACUCCGAAGGUUGACACUAUCGCCGCCACUCGGAGACAUUCCUUCUCUCGCUGCUUCUCGCACGCCUUCAUAAUUUAUAAUCGUUUUUUGUUUUUUUUCCUUCACUAGGUAAUUAUUAUUAUUGUUUCUUUUCUUUUCUUCGUCGAAGCCUUUGCCGCCGCCGCUGCUGCCAAUCACAAAUAACACGUGUUUUCGUUUGUGAAUUAUUUAUAUUAUGUACCUACCUAAUACCUAUUACCUAUAAUUAUCAUUAUUAUUUUUAUUAUUAUUAUUAUUGUCAUGAUUACCUUCGUCAUCGUCACUCAAAUGUUGAUUUAAUUUAAUUAGCCCAGUGCAGUUGUAUCUAUAUUAAACCUUAAAUAGCUCGGCGAAUAGCGUUUACGGUUAUAUAUUGUUAUCGUCAUUAUUAUUAUUAUUAUUAUUGUUUUAGUUAUAUCGUUAUCGUUGUACUGUAUGCACUAUACAUUAUGUUUACACGUUAACUGACGUUAAUAGUUAACCGUGACCGUGCAAAAUAUACCUAUUGAACGAUCAGCUUAAAAAUUACAUUAAUGUAUGGUAUGUACGGUAUUACGAUGAUCGUGAUUGUCUGGAUAACGCUAAACGCAAAUAGGUAUAUGCCUAAUGAAUAAUAAGACGUGUAGUGUAAAACACCACGGCGGUGGUGGCCAUAUUAUUAUUAUAAUUAUUAUUUUAUAUAGCGAUGAAGACGAUUAUAUCAUUUCCGUCCUCGUCAACGAUUUUUGGACAUUUGUAUUUAUAAUAUUUAUACCGUGGGAGGAUUCCAGACGAGAGUCUAUUUUUUAUUUUUAUUGUAAUACUUGAAUGCACAUUAAUACAGUUAUGUAUUUGUGUACAUUUUUUUCUAUAAUAUUAUAAUAUAUUAUGUUAUAUGUAGUAUUAUUACUACCGACUAUAUAGAUACUACUCUCACCGCUAAACGCGAUAAUAACUAUAUACUUUGUACAACAUAUUAAUAUGUAAUAUUAAAUUAAGUAUGAUUGUUGUAGAAAAUAUUGACGUUUUACUACUAUUAUUUUAUAUUGUAUUACGUGAAGUGUGAGUGUGUAAAUAUAAUAAAACAAAACUGAUUAUUUA